AGCAGGGGGCUGAGCUGAUCCCACGUGUGACGCUUUCAUUCCCGGCUCAGUAAUAUUCUCAUAGCGGGGCUUUGCAUAUCUCCUGCCCUAUCUGUGUGUGUCUGUCACUGUUACUGUAGUCCCAGCCCAUAGUUUUGGAAUAGAUAUGGAAGGAGACGGGAGUCAAGCCACAUCCGGAAGCCUAAAUGAUUCACAACAUGACCCGGGUAAAAUGUUUAUCGGUGGCCUCAGCUGGCAGACCUCACCAGACAGCCUUAGAGACUAUUUUAGUAAAUUCGGAGAAAUAAGAGAAUGUAUGGUGAUGAGAGACCCCACGACAAAACGCUCAAGAGGAUUUGGGUUUGUUACGUUUACAGAUGCUGCCAGUGUAGAUAAAGUCUUAGCUCAACAACACCACGAAUUAGACUCAAAGACGAUUGAUCCUAAGGUUGCCUUUCCCCGUCGCGCCCAGCCUAAGAUGGUCACAAGAACAAAGAAAAUAUUUGUGGGUGGCUUGUCAGCCAAUACAGUAGUGGAAGAUGUGAAGCAGUAUUUUGAACAGUUUGGAAAGGUUGACGACGCCAUGCUUAUGUUUGAUAAGACUACUAACAGACAUAGAGGAUUCGGUUUCAUAACUUUUGAGAGUGAAGACAUCGUAGAGAAAGUCUGUGAAAUUCAUUUUCAUGAAAUCAAUAACAAAAUGGUAGAAUGUAAGAAGGCCCAGCCCAAGGAGGUGAUGUUCCCACCCGGUACACGAGGGCGAGCCAGGGGUCUGCCCUACACCAUGGAUGCCUUCAUGCUGGGGAUGGGCAUGCUGAGUUAUCCAAAUAUUGUGGCAACGUACGGCCGCGGAUACACUGGAUUCGCACCCAGCUACAGCUACCAGUUCCCUGGCUUCCCAGCGACAGCAUAUGGACCGGUGGCGGCAGCGGCAGUAGCAGCAGCGCGUGGCUCAGGUAGGGGGGCCCGUGGAAGAGGCGGCUACUUGGCGUACCCACAGAGCACAGGGCCAGGCCUCCCCGAUUAUGGGUUUUACUCUGCGCCCAGUGACCAGAGGGGGGGGCCCUGCUCCUUUGCUGACUAUGGCUCCCUGGGGCCCCAAGCGGCUCAGAUGCUGCACAGUGAGCAUGCCACCUCCGCCUGCAACUCCCCCCUACAGCACCUACACAGCCCGGAUCAAUUUAAGAACCCAGGCACCAACCCGUCGAGGCCCGGAGGCUUCCCUGGUGCUAACAGUCCAGGGCCCGUGGCCGACCUGUAUGGACCCAGCAGCCAGGAUUCAGCUGUGGGCAACUACAUCAGUGCUGCUAGCCCUCAGCCUGGCUCUGGGUUUGGCCCCAGCAUCACAGGCCCGUUGAUUGCGACAGCUUUUACAAAUGGAUACCAUUGAACAGGUGGCCGGUGGUGCCAUCUCAUCAGAGAGUCUGUCCGGCGGCCCAGGAAAGACAGGACGGAGUUUCUAAUUGGCUUUGUGUGCAGGUGAUGCUAAUCCAACUUCAAGCACUACAGCGUCAACCCGGCAAAAAACCAAGGAAAGUUGGAACCACAUGAAGAAGAAGAAAAGAAAACGUUUAGUCAUCUCAGAACAGAGAAAAAAAAAACGACAAAAAACAAAAAGAACUGCUGUACUAUAAUCCAAACCUCCUAUAACUUCACCACCUGGUUUGGUAUGAUGUUUCACGUCGACUUCAUUCACCUGUUUCCUUCCCUUUUUGUUUUUCCUUUUCUUUUCUUUUUUCUUUUUUAGUUUCUGUUUGUUUGCAUCAGUUUUAGCCAGUCGUUUUGAGUUUAACCUUUGACCUCUGUGUCGUUUUCUUUGAUCUCGGAGUACCGUCGUGUCAAUGGGUUUCAUUUGUUUUUGAAGUGCGGGGGUCUUAGCCAAGAAUAUCUGCAAGUCAUGUCUCCAUCUUUGUAUGGGUUGGUGUAAAGGAGUUUAAAAGAAAAAAAGGAAAAAAAAAAAACAAAGGUCGGGAUGUUCGUUUUGGUCUUUUCUGCCAAAAAAAAAAAAAAAAAAGAAGCUCGGCGUUGGAAAGAACUGAAGAAAAAAAAUCAAUUUUAAGGAAAAAUUUAAAGAAGGUAUCUAAGUAAUAAAUCUUAGUAGCUGUUUUCUUUCUUGUGAUGUCUCAUUGUUAACCAUAAUUACCUAUUUUUGGGCAAUACAAAGAGGACUCCAAUAUUUUUAUGGUCCUUUUUUAUAAGUGUUGUUUUUGUUGUUUAGAAAUAUAUAUAUAUGCUAUAACAAAUUUCAUAUAACGACAUUGUGAAUUCAAACUUGAGAAAAAGAAAUGUAGCUGUAUAUAUUAUUCCAGUCACUGCAUAUAACCAACUCAGUGAGAGAAUAGCAUAUUUUUGUGAUGGUGUGUCAAAAAGAACAUGUUAUUGCGUGUGAAUAGAAGAAAACAAAAGAAGCUGUAAACAGUUAUUAUUCUACUUUUUUGUUGGGUUUUUUUUUUCUUUUUUGCUUUCAUUUUUUUUUUUUUUUUUUGUCUGCUGGAAGACGGCAAAAAGAAAAAAGAAGAAAAAAAAAAAAACGACCCCCGAACACGACCGACUCUGUAAAUACUGAAAGGAAUCAUUUUACAAGUGUCAUACCAGCAAAUUUACAAAACGCGGUGCGUGCAGUCACCUCAGAGAGUUUUCAAAUAAUAACAGUAAUAUUAAUAUUAUAAAAAUGAAAAAAAAAACAGACUGAUUAGUAUCUUUUGUCUAACUGCUAAGAUCAUUUCAAAGUGAAAUAUUAAUAAUUUAAAAAAAAAAAAGAUGAUUGAAUCCAAAGCACACUGUACUUAGAUGUGAAGAUUAGAACUUGAACCACAGAUCUCUGUGCAUCCGGACACUUUUCUACUCUCCAGAGGAAACUUGUUGAUGUUUUUUUCACCCUGAUACCCGUCAUGUAGAACACUUCCUCUUCUCCCAACCCUCUUCUUUUCCUUUCCUUUUUUCUUUCUCUUUUUUUUUUUCUUCUAUUGAAAUAAAGAAAGUCAACAUUUUGAUACCAUACCUCAGCCUUUGUGAGCAUCGGCAGGUUUAAUUUAUUCUUAGUGGCAAAAAAAAAAAAAAAACAAACGAAAACACUGAAAGGCAAUUAAGCAAGUAAUCGUUGCACUGUGAGUAGUGAAGUACAGGCCAUUCUCCGAUUUGCACAUGUAUAUGUUGGCUUUUUAAAAUGAAGAGAGAGGAAAACGGCCGUGUGCUUUUGGGAUAGCUGAGAGGAUUUUUGUGGGGAUCGUAAUGUAUCGGAGGUCGGACACGGUGACGGAUGUAAAACGUGGAUUUCUUUCUACAUUUGGAGCCCUGACUCCUCCGAGGGUAUUUAUACAGGGUCAAAAGAUGACACUGAAUUCUUCACUGUCUGUGUCGCUGCACCGGGUUUUACACAGUGUGUGUGUGGUUAAUGCUUUUACUCAUGACAGCGAUUUAUUAAUAAUGAUGAUGAUAAUAAUAAGAAGAAUAUUCUCCGCUCUGGUUUUUAAAGACGCCGCUCGCUGCAGAUGUGUGUGUUUAUUUUUCUGUUUGUUUUUUUUUUUGUUUAUUGGUUUGUUUGUAUGUUUUACCCACAUGUUGUCUCAUUUCUUUGAUUUGAAAACAACCAGGUAAAGAAAUAUGCUGGAUACUUCUAAAGUAAAACGACGUGGAGGUGUGAUCAAGUAAUAAUUUUAAGAGUUUAAAAAAAAAAAACCCUUGUAAUGUUCAAUUAUGUAAAAGAAAAUAAGAAAUACAAAACUAUUAAAAAAAAAAAGAAAGAUGCUUCUUUGCUGAUUUCAAGUUUAAUCAGAGUUUUAUUGAUACUUUGUGGUUUAUAUAUUAAUAAUUGUAAUAUACUAUUAAAAUGUACUGUGCAUCCAUUACUUUCUCUCUUUCCAUUCCCCAUCCUCAGAGAUCCUACUAUCUUUUGUUGAUCAUUCAUGUAUUUCAUUAGUGUGUAAAGAACUCACAGUUAACUUGUAAACAGAGUGCUGUCUUUGAUACCAGUGUAGUGCUCUUUGUUGUUCUCCCUUUGCUCUACCUCUCCUUUCUCUCAUAUUUACCCCCCUCUCCCUCUCGCGCUCUUUUUCUAUCUCCUGUAAUUACAAAGUAGAUGUUAUAUAGGACUCAUUAAUAUAAUACUUGUAGUGCUUAGUGGAUUUAGGACCAGUCAAGAUAGACCUUUCUCUCAAUGAUCAUGUUAUUCUGAUAUUUGCAGACGAUUCUUUUUGUUAGCGGUUCAUCGUAAUUUAUUCCCUGAAUGUUUGAUUUGAGUUUUUUCUUUUUUCUUUUUUCUCUUUUUCUUUCUUUUUUUUUUUUUUUAGCCACUCUCACCUGGUUUCAGCUAACCAAAGCUCUCAUGGAUGAACAAUAGAGAAAAAUAGUUGCUGUAAGAUGGAAUUGUACACAAGGCAUUAUUUGGAUCCCCACCCUUGAAUGUUUUUAAAGGGGUGUGCCAUACUACCUUAAAUGCUAACGCUAGAUAUGCAAAACUCUUGUUUUUGAUUAUUUUUUAAAGAGGGACACAAGCUCAAAUCAUUGAGAAGAACUUUGUGUAAAAAAAAAAAAGAAAUUAAAAAAAAGUUUCAUAUUUUUUUAAGAAUCAUUACCACAAUAGUCAUGAUAUCAGUCACUGAGCUGUUGAAAGAUUCUCUUCUGUCUUUUAAUGUUUGUACACUUUGGAAAUAUCCCAGAUGCCUCGGGCAUGGUUAUUUUUUAGAUAAUACUGUUUCUGAUCUCUUAUUUUCUCUCAGAACUGUUAGUGAUUAAAAGAAAAGAGAUAAUCUUAAUCAUUUUAAUCUUAGAUUCUGGGAACUCUUUAUUGUUUCUCUCUGUUAUCACUCCACACAGGCAUCACUGUAGAAAAAAAAAAAAAAAAACCCUGAUGAAAAAGUGUGUGAAAGACUUCAGAAAGGCCAUAAAAGGAAUAUUAGCAGGUGUUAACGGGUGUGGAGUGUGUCAGAGCUGAUUAAUAGACGGUUAAAUCCGCGUCCCGAGUUGGACCGGCACCCCCAAAGCUGUGAUUCAUUGCUCGACUAGAAAAGACGAUCGUACAAGCUGAAUUUUAAAUGCCUCAAAACACCACGUGGGGGGGGGGGGACGCCCACAAUCCAGUGUGUGUGUGAAGCAACCACAAACCUAUUACGCAGCCAGUAUCGCUUCAAUUAAACACAAAACUCUGUUUUAUAUCGCUUAUUUCAUUUAUUUCACCUCAUUGGCUCUUUAAAUUGAAUAGUGUAACAUUACCGUUAAUAAAUUAGCAUUAGCGUGUUCGCUCUUCUCAGCCAGCACACUCUGUUAAAUGACAUCCAGCAUGUGGAGAACAUGAUGGCAGCUUUGUCAGUGACGCUAAUAGACAAAUUAUUCCGGAGUGAAUCCAGCGAGCGCACAGGACAGCGCGAUGGGGAGAGAGUCGGCGGCGCGAUACUCAACUUUUUAAACUCAUUAUGUCGGACAGAGCAAUAAAAUAGACUGAGACGAUGUUAGACGUGGUUUCUUCAGGUAGUUUGUUCCAAAUUUGAUAGUUACGUGUCCCUAAUCCACACAUACUUGUGUUUGAGAAGUUGUCAAGAAAUUCUUGUGUAUUUGAUUCUGAAUCAAACGGCGGCGCCGCCCGGCGCCGUGGCCACUUCCCGUUCCGUUUCCACGUCCAUUUGUAAAGCUGCGAACAGCUCAACAAGUGUACAAUAUAUUUUCUUGUUGUGUUCGCUGUUGCAGCACCUGCCUGCUGGAUCUGAGACUAUAAUUAACCAUUUUUCCCUGAAAAGAAAGAGGAAAAAAAAAAAG